CUUCAUUGACAUGUUUUGUUCUUCUGUCGCACUCUUCUAUUUGUAAAUCUUUGCAUGGUCCCUGACAGUUGUGCCUGAAUACAUUACUUUUAGGAUCCGCAGCAUUACUUGUAAUGGGCUACAUGAUAGAACACAACUCCGGUUGAAACUUCAGAACGUAAGCCAGGAAACAAAACCUGCUAAGAACCUUGGAGAUCAUACACAUCAAAGAUUCGAUUUCAAUACGACUGUCCAUAGUAUGACAUUCGAUACGCUUAAAAUUGACGUUUAUGACGUGAAAAAGGCUUUCAACCACCAUGUCAAAAUUGGACGCGCCUACUUGCCUCUGCGCGAUCUUCAGAAGAAGGUUGGCAACAAGUAUGAUAGCGGCGGAAACAACGAUACAGAGCCAGGGCAAUCUAUUCUUUCAUCGCGAUUUGAUGCUACUACGUUCUGCAGGAAGCACGAUGAUGUUUUCGAGUUUGACCUUCCACUUUUCAAACAUGGAUCGUACUCCAAAUUUGGCUCCAUUUCAGCUGAUAUCAAGAAUGGUGAUAUUCUCGUCACUAAAGGGUCAGAGAAUGGCAAGGAUAUUUCAACCAUUGACCAUCGUCCUCACCCUACUCGGUCAGAUUCAUUUGCACAGCAAGUCAUGAAUGGAGUCGAAGUCGGCAUGGUCACAGUUCAAGUAACCAUGCAUUUCAAGGACCAGACCCAUAACUUGGCCUCCGCACAAUUAAAAAAAGGAGUUAGGAGACAUAACACCGUUAAUAGCAUAUCAAAUGCAAAAAGAUCUGUGAAUUCGAGUUUGUCAUUGGAUUCCUCGGCCCCUGAAAGUAGCUGCAACAAAAAUGGAUACGAUUCGGACUUGAAUCUGUCUCUUUCUUCCUCCAGCGAUACCGAGUCUAGAAAUACUCCUGUCAGAUCUCUCUCAGCACCUAUUCCUGUUUCGCGCAGCGAACACCAACAGCAACAAUGCUCACGGAUUUUGCAAAUGCCCUCUUCUCCACCUAACCUUCUGCUACAUUAUGGAACAACGCUCUCGGCUGGAUCACCUCUCUCUCCGCCGUUGUCGCCAACACUGUCCCAGUGCCCAGGGUCCCCGUCGACGCCUUUGAAUACGUAUCAGUGGCUGUCAGAUAAUAAUAUCAAUCUAAAUGGCAUACCAUCCUGGGAUGAGUCUGAGCUGAGCUACGACGAUGAUGCUGGGUAUGAAGAAGACACCCUUAGCUCCCCUAACGACAAAGACAACAAUAAGGACCAGGUCAAAGGCGAACAUCCUACUGAGGCUGACAGGAAACAGGAGGAAGAGCUGAUGGCAGGAAUCAUGGCCAAUGGAGACCAAGCAAAGAAGGACCUCUAUUUGAGCCGAUCUACAGACAGACAUAGCAAUGGCAAGGAUAAGAAACCAAAGUUUAAACUAUUCUCCGAGCAGACACGGUCUGCAUUCAAAGAUAUCCAACUGAUAUAUAGUUCAUUCUUUGGCCAUGGCUGGAAUCUAACCCGAGGCGCAUUUUGGAGAGGUUUCCAUAUAGUUGAGCAAUACUAUGCAAGACAUCCAACGCCAACAACAAAUAGAGCUUUCAACGACAUCGAAAUUUUGGAAAAGGCACGUCACUUCGUGCGCCUUGCCAUCGCAUCCUAUGGCUCUCUUCCAUGGGUAUACUUUGGAUACAGCUUUAAAGUUGCGCCACUGAACUUUGUUCGGUUCAAUUCUGACCGAAAAAACGUGAUGGAUUAUUUCAAGCUCAAAAAGGAGGAUAUGAUUAUCUGGCACUUCGACAAGCGCACAGCUCUUGUGCCUAGUUACUACAUCAUUCGCGAUCCCAAGUACAAUGCACUUUGCAUUAUCAUCCGUGGUACCUUUAGUAUUACUGAUGCCAUGACAGACCUCGUAUGCGAAUAUUACCCUUACAAAGGGGGACUUGUGCAUAAGGGCAUCAUGGAUAAUGCUCGGUUUGUCCUCGAACGCAGUGGUAAAGACAUUGAAGCGGCACUUAGGAAGUUUAAUCUGAAGACUAUCUACUGUAUCGGGCAUUCUCUCGGAGCGGGGUCUUCGUCAUUACUUUGUUCUCUCCUCCAAGACCACUUUGCGGAUUAUGUAAUACCAGCAACGUCUGGAUCUAAGGAGCAAAAACUAGAAAUCAAGGCCUAUUUGUUUGCGCCUCCACCAAUCUGCACACCCAAUCUUGCAGCGGAGUGGGAGCGGACCCAGAUCGCCUUCAUCAAUGAAAGCGAUAUUGUUUGUCGCCUAAGCUAUGGAAAUGCAUUAGAUUUGAAGGAGCUGAUCAAGAUUGCGGCAUUAGAGAGCUUGAAUCCAGCUUACAAAGGACUUGAUCACAGUGAAAAGAUGGAGAGGAUCCUUGAGGUACUAGAAAAAGCACAGAAGAGUCUUCGGGCAGUGGAUGAUGUGCCUCGACUUGUCAUAGGAGGCACAGUGACCUAUUUACACAAGGUCUAUGAAGACACGCCUGUCAUUCAGAAUAAGCGUCACGGUCGAGACAGCAAAUUUGGAUUGCCUGAAAACUGGUUAGAAGAUACCCCAUCUACAGAUACUGAGAGCAGCAUAUCACCAGGCCGAUUGCGUGGCAUGAGUACUAGUUCCAAUACUAGCAACACAAGCCAAAGCACGAUCCAUCGAUCGCUUUCAGUCUUCACUUCGGCAUUUUCGAUCAAGAGUAAUGGAAUCAAGCAUCACCGCUAUGAUAACGUGGCAGUCGAUACUCCAAGCUUAGAUGAUAAAAGUAGCACCAACUCAGGAAUAAGCGCCAGGGCCCCUAAAGUGAUGCCAUAUCAGCCUAAUCAGGCGCCUGUGCGCCUGGCUAGUGAUGUGAGCCUUGUACUUUCCGAUUUGAAUGGGCAAGGUCAACAAGAAUCUGUUGUGUUUCCGCAUCAACCCCUCGCAGAAAGCCCUCAGGAAUUACCUUCUAGGAAGAAGUCUACUACUACGACAACCGUGGCUCCGACAACAACGUCCACAUCUAAAAUGUUAGGUGACCCCAUUCUAUAUGAAGGCCCUUCUAAUGCCCGUGAUUUGGCUACUCAGCAUAUUCUCAGUGACAGUCAUCAGGGCAAGGAGAUGUCGUUAACACCGUCUAAUGAAGAGCAAGGGAUGAAAAAAGAAGAGCAGGAGAAGAGAAAAGUAGAUCUUGAAGAUGAAGAUGGUGAAUUGUCCGACGAGGAUGAUAUUCAUAAAGUUUACACGACACAGAAGCCUCGUAUUAAUGGCUCCAAGAAGAAAGAGAUCCGUAUCGAGUUUUCGGAUAAAGAAAACUUUAUGUCUAUUCCACUCCGGACUAAUUGGUUAUGGCACCAUUUCCCACAACAGUAUGAUUCUCGUAUUGAGCGUGCACUUGCAUGGGCCAAGGCCCAUAAAGAAAAAGAGGAGUGCAAACAACAACGGCGGUCCAAGCGCGACAAUACGGCCACCAUGUCCACUGUGCCUAGUCAAGGAGACUACUUUUCAAUUUAAUAAAUAAAGAUCACAUGCUCCGUGUUCUUUUGAAAAGAUU